UUGUAAGGUAUACGUCCUCUUCCAAGACGAACCAGUAAAACGUAUACCGAACCUUACGGGUUAAAAGAAAAAGGAAAUGCUGCACUGAGUAAGGAAUCAAACGAGUCAACUCUCGCACAGUUCGAUUCAGUUGAACGGUUAUUUCGGUGGCCGCUGAGGCUGACGCUGAGCUCGCGCUGCUUCUCUCCAGUGGCGGAUCUUACGAGUGCACGCGCGCGCGUCAGGAACGGUCGCGCGCGAGACGGCAGAGAAGCGGGCGAAUCGAAGAGCGGUGGUGUUUUUUUUUUUUUUUUUUUUCUUCUUCCAGUCUCCGCACGCACAUCCAACUCACUUCGAGCAAAGGCAGCGGUCGUCGGUCGGCACGCAUCCCUCUGAAACAAUGCUUGGGAAGCUGCUCUUGGUGUUCGGCUUGCUCAUCAGCGGCACUGAAGGUGUUCUCCAGGUCUCCAUCUCUCUGAAGAAGGUAGAACUGAGCGUCGGGGAGUCAAAGUUUUUCACAUGCACAGUGAUCGGAGAACCCAUCAGCCUGGAGUGGUAUAACCCUCAAGGUGAGCGCAUGGUGCCCUCCCCGCGUGUUGCUCUGCACAACGAGGGCGUGCGCUCCAGACUCACCCUCUACAAUGCCAACAUAGAGGACGCGGGCAUCUACCGCUGCCAAGCCACUGACUCACAGGGACAGACACGGGAGGCCACAGUGGUGCUGGAGAUUUACCAAAAACUAACAUUCAGGGAGGUGCCAUCACCUCAGGAGUUCCGGCAGGGCGAUGUGGCCGAGGUGGUGUGUGAUGUCACCAGCUCCCCUGUGCCUGUGGUCGCAUGGUACUACAACAAUAUGGAGAUCACUGAGGACACUGACAAGUUUCAGCUCCUACCAAACAACAACCUACAAGUCCAGAGAGUCACUAAAGCAGAUGAGGGUGUGUACCGCUGCGAAGCCCGAGUGGAGGCCAGGGGUGAGAUUGACUUCAGAGAUAUCAUCCUGGUUGUCAAUGUUCCUCCAGUGUUGUCCGUGCCACAGCAGUCCUUCAAUGCAACAGCUGACUAUGGUGAAUCUGUGACAUUUACCUGCAGGGCUUAUGGCUCUCCUGAACCUGAUGUUACCUGGCACAGGAAGGGAGUUGAACUCCAGGAGUCAGAGCAGUAUGUAAUGCGAGCCCGAGGUACCACACUCACUAUUCGCAACAUUAAACAGGACGAUGGCGGCUCCUACACCUGCAAGGCCUCCAACAAGGCUGGCGAUGUGCAGCGUGAGAUUUUUCUCAAAGUAUUUGUCCAACCACACAUCACUAAGCUGAGAAACGUGACAGCCGUGGAGGGCAGCGCUGCUAUGAUCUCCUGUAAAGCUGAGGGUGAACCCCUGCCUGAGAUCUCCUGGAGGAGAGCCAGCGAUGGACAGAGCUUCUCCUAUGGACAAAAGAGUCCAGACGAGCGUGUGGAGGUGCGUGGGCAUUAUGGUGAGUCCAUGCUGACCAUCGUGGGAGUGGGCCUGUCUGACUGGGGCCGUUUUGACUGUGAAGCUCUCAGCAGAAUUGGAGGACAUCAGAAGAGCAUGUUUCUGGAUAUCGAGUAUGCGCCCAAGUUCCAGACCAAUCACACCAUCUUUUUUUCAUGGGAGGGGAACCCAGUAAACAUCAGCUGUGAGGUGAUGUCCAACCCUGUGGCCACUAUGCUGUGGCGGCGAGACAAACUGACCAUCCCUACCGAGGGCAUAGCCAACAUGCGAGUACACAGCGCUCCUGGCAAAUCCCUACUGGAGGUCACUCCCAUGUCAGACCGGGAUUUUGGCCGAUACAACUGCACUGCCAGAAACAACAUUGGUAUGCGGUUCCAGGAGUUCAUCUUGGCUCAGGCAGAUGUUCCAUCUAACCCAUACUCGGUGCAUCUUAGCUCUGUGGCCCAGCGCACAGCUACAGUGACGUUUAUGAAGCCAGACUCUCAUGGUGGAGUUCCUAUUGGCCAUUACCUGGUCAGAUACAAAGACAUUAGUUCAAAUGACUGGAGAGAUGUAAAGUCACAUGGAACACAAACAAUAGUGCUGCUCACUAACCUUGAGCCCAACACUACUUAUGAGGUCCGAGUGGCAGCUGUGAAUGGAAAAGGCCAAGGGGAGUUUAGUCGCACAGAGAGCUUUCAGACAUUACCCAUCCGAGAACCGAGUCCCCCAUCAGUGCAGGGUCAGAGGGGCAUGGGAAAGGCCUACAGACUGGGCCUGGUUAAACAGGACGAUGGUGGCAUGCCCAUCCUGGAGUAUAUUGUCAAAUACAAAACAGAUAAAGAGGACCAGUGGAUGACCAAGGUGGUGCCUGGUUUGAGUGACUUUGUGCUGCUGCAGCCUCUCCAAUGGAACAUGCGGUAUGAAGUGGAGAUCACUGCCCGCAAUGUCAAAGGCCUGUCUGAGCCCACCUUUGUGAAAUUCUCCAUGCCACAGAAACCGGAUAUUACAGCAGACUCCCUGUUCAGCAGCCUCGGUUUGGGUGCAGUAGUGGGACUGGGCAUGGCAGGCCUGCUGCUGCUGCUCGUGCUGGUGGACAUCAGCUGCUUCUUCCUGCGCCAGUGUGGCCUGCUCAUGUGCAUCACCCGCAAGCUGUGCAGCAAGAAGACUGCUACCAGUGGCAAGAGCAAAGAGAUGGAGGAAGGCAAGGCUGCCUAUCUGAAGCUGCCACUAAAAGAGGAGAACGGCAAAGAGUCACUUAAACCGGAUACGAUCGAGAUUAAAGUUCAUGGUGACAACAGCCUACACACAACGCCGGACGACAGCAAAGCAUAAUGGAGCAGCUGCCGUGCACUUCGAGGAUAUGCACGAGCUACCCAGACACCAAAACAGCAAAAACCCAGCAAGCUAAUGAGAAAACAAACAAGAACAUGGCUGAACAAGUCCCUUGCUAGAGACUGAAUGUCAGGGGGAUCCACAAAGAAACUGUGUACAUAUGAAAAAAAUGAAAGGCUACACAGCAGUUGUUUUGUGAUACAUCUUUCAGAGGAGGCCUUUCUACAGAAAGGCUCUUGUUUAUCUGUGAUUGUUGUUCUUUUUUUUAAAGGCUGAAGCUUUGCGUGUGAUUCUCUGUUACUGGAAGUGGUUUGAUCUGUGUUCUUUUCCCUACUCUUUCUCAAACUCCAAGCUUGAAACCACAACCACUUCAAUUUUCCAGAGAAAUUUCAUAUGCACAAACACUCUAUUCAUCCACAAAGGAAUAGAUUGCAUCAUGUCACAGUCUGACCUCUGUGUGGGCUUAUGUGUUUGUUGUGGUAUUGGGUAAUUAUAGUGUAUUUCUGUUCUUGCCUUUUGGCCACUGUGCUGCAUCAACCUCGGACAGUAGUGUUUAUUAGAAUGUUACAGCUGUGACAUUAGAUAGACACGAACUUGAGUUUCCCUUUAUAGCAUUCCCUGGCUCUGUCCACAUUUCCCCAUAUCCAUACCCUUGCACUGAAAUGAAUACUUUGUCAACUUCCAUUCGGACUGUUUAAUUAAAAAAAGAAAGAAUUUGAAACUACGAUCUCUCUGAAAUGGAUCCCGGUAUAGAAAAUAGAAAUCAACUAUUUCUGUAUUGUUGCGGAAUCAUUUUUGUUAUUGCUUAUUGCCUGUAGUUUUUGAACAUGUGUGUAUGGGUGUGUGUGUGUGUGUGUGUGUGUGUGUGCGCAUGAGAAGAUCUGUAUGUGGAAGUGAGUGACCUUGUGGCAGUAUGUUGUGGUACAGGAUGUGAAAAAUGUAAAAUAAAAGAGAACGUAUAAAGGAUAAAUGUGAAUUGCAAACACUUGAAGUGUUGUAAGUUUGAAAGAAUAGAUUUAGUGAACAUAUGAAGGUAUGAAAAUGUGAUUUGCUCAAGGAUUUCUGUGUAAAUACACAACAUUACUUUUGCAGAUGAAGGGAACAAAGGUACCAUUCAUGACAUUUUUGUCAGUAUUUGUGCAACACACACUUUGAAUUAUUUGCAUAACACCUGCAUUGCUUGUUGGCAUUACUCAUUAAUAUUUUCAUGAUAGGGCUUGACUGUGACAGUUCAACAGAAAGCCAGGUAUUGUUUCCUGCCACCCUGGGUCCUUUUGUUUACUGCUGGCUAUGUGCAUAAUCUGUUACUCAUCAUUAGCCAUGUUUAUCCAUAAAUAAGCUUUACCAAACUCUGACUCAUGACUCAUUAGGAGGGUCAGUCUACAAAUAAACAAACAUGAAAGAUAAAUAUACAUCCAGCUUUACAGAAUCCCAGAAUGACAGUAUGUCCCUCAUUUGUCAUAUGAAAUAUGUAACUGAGGAGUAAUGAGGACUGAGAAACAUCAUAUACUCAGUGCAGGGAUUCACAGAUCCAACGAAAAAAUCUGCAUGAAAUCCCGAGAUCCAGUCCAGUUUGUCACAACAUAUUGUAACUAAUCCGAUUCCCUCACUCAUUUUUAAGAGGAGAGGAGAAAACCAGUAGCCAUUUGCACCAACAGAGCGUAAGCUCUAUCACACUGUAGCAUAUAUUUGAACAUAAAUGGCCACUAUAAUCGAGCUUAUGAACUACUAAAAUAUUAAUGAUUGUGCUAAGAUACAUAUAGUCUAACGUUAUAACUUAAAAUGUACAUCAACCCCCUAGUAGGUGCAAUGUUGGUCAUAAAUAAAACUACUCAGUGAUUCUGUUCAGAGUAAACAGUGUUUCCAUGUGCAGAGUAAAGAGCAUUUAAACCAAUAAAUCCAUUUUGUUUUCUUCAUACUAACUCUGCAUGCCUCAAUCAUGGAUGUAGUAUUUCUUGUUUAUAUUGGAUCAUGUAUGAUCAUCUGACUGACUGGUCAUGGUGAAAUGUGUCACUCUGUGUGACACAGUAAUGAUCUACAGUCACUUUACAACAUCCUUUUAGUGGCUGUGGUGCAGCUCAAAUUCUACACCAUGCUAGUUUUAAACUAACUUCUCUCAACAUAUGAUUUUGGACUGAUUUUAUACCUUAACUUACUAUCGAACUUACAUUCACUUGGUGCAACUGGCCCUCAGUUCCACUGAGUGAUCUUAGGUUAAUAUCUCCGCCCUUAGUACACCCUUGUGUAACCUGGUCACGAUCUACCAAUUAAAAUUCUCAUUAGGCCUUUUGAGAUCACCGGUUUGGCUGAAUCUUAAUCAGAGAGUGUCAUGUUUCAUUCAUCCAGAUGAUUUCUCCAAAGGCUACACAGUGUUCUGAGUUACAUCUGUGCUGCUUUAUAAGUCUUACAACCUCUUCACUGUCAGCCCAAAUGAAAGUACUGGAAUGUUGUUCAUUUACUUUCAGCUUGUCUGCU